GCUCAUCCGGGAGAAGCGGCCGUGCGGCGGCGGGGGGCGAGCACCGGGGAUGCCUGCCAGGCUGCCUGGGAACGCACACCUGCACUCACAGUAACCGCCAGCAGCGUGCGCGUCAUCCGCGAGCAGGAAGUAGGAGCCGGGGCAGCUCGGCACAUAUGUGACAUGGACUAGAGGCGACACCCGGACCGUCCAGUAACAGGAUGGCAGCUUCCAGCAACUCCAGCCUGUCCGGCUCCUCCGUGUCCUCCGAUGCAGAAGAGUAUCAGCCGCCCGUAUGGAAAUCAUACUUGUAUCAGCUGCAACAGGAAGCUCCACGUCCCAGAAGAAUUAUUUGCCCGCAAGAGGUGCAGAACAGACCAAAGCAUUAUGGAAGGGAGUUUCAUGGCAUCCUUUCUCGGGAGCAGGCAGACGAGCUUCUGGGUGGCGUGGAAGGAGCAUACCUUAUCCGAGAAAGUCAAAGGCAAUCCGGAUGCUACACUCUGGCCCUUAGGUUUGGUCACCAGACGUUAAACUACAGACUUUUCUAUGAUGGCAAGCACUUCGUGGGAGAAAAACGGUUUGAAUCCAUCCAUGAUUUGGUAACAGAUGGCCUUAUAACUUUGUACAUAGAGACAAAAGCUGCUGAGUAUAUUGCAAAAAUGACAACCAACCCCAUUUAUGAACAAACUGGGUACUCAUCAAAACUGAAAGGAAAAGUCACGAGGAGACUAAGCAGGACGAAAAAUGAAUCAAAGAGAUUACACCUGUCACAUGAAGGAAACCCAUCCGUGGAAAAGAUCACUUCACUGGUUAGAAGAGCAGCCCUGUCACAAAAUGACAACCACUGUAACUAUGAGAAAGCACACAACUUCAAGGUUCACACAUUCAGGGGUCCACACUGGUGUGAGUACUGUGCAAACUUCAUGUGGGGUCUUAUUGCACAGGGAGUCAGAUGCUCAGAUUGUGGACUUAACGUACACAAACAGUGCUCUAAAUACGUACCCAGUGACUGCCAGCCAGACCUCAAGCGUAUAAAGAAGGUGUACAGCUGUGACCUUACAACCUUAGUGAAGGCACACAAUAUUCCUCGGCCAAUGGUGGUGGACAUGUGCAUCCGAGAGAUUGAAGGAAGAGGUCUGAAAUCAGAAGGUCUCUACAGAGUCUCAGGAUUUACAGAGCAUAUUGAAGAUGUAAAAAUGGCCUUUGAUCGAGAUGGUGACAAAGCCGACAUCUCCAGUACUACAUAUCCAGAUAUAAACAUCAUUGCUGGGGCACUGAAGCUAUAUUUCCGGGACUUGCCCAUUCCAGUUAUAACUUAUGAUUCCUAUUCCAAGUUUAUAGAGGCAGCAAAAAUAUCCAAUCCAGAUGAGAGGUUAGAAGCCAUACAUGAAGCCCUCAUGCUCCUUCCACCAGCUCAUUACGAGACACUCAGAUUUCUAAUGAUUCAUCUUAAAAAGGUUACACAGAAUGAGAAGGACAAUCUCAUGUGUGCCGAAAAUCUUGGGAUUGUGUUUGGGCCAACACUGAUGAGGCCGCCUGAAGAAAACGCACUCACGUCUCUAAAUGAUAUGCGAUAUCAGAAGCUAAUUGUGCAGAUUUUAAUACAAAAUGAAGAUGUUUUAUUCUAAACAAAUGAAGGAUUGCUAACUGCAGCCAGUGCUUUAGAUGGCCAGUUUAAAGCAGCAGGGUGUAAUAGUGUUUGCUCGGUGGACUCGCUGAAAAUGCCAAAAGAUUUCAAGCACCAUAUGUCUCAUAGACAUAUGAAUUUUUCUGCUCAUAUAAAGGGAGAAAGACUA